AGAAGCAAUUUUUCUUAGGUUAAAAAGGUCAAAUAUACGUUUCAGUUUUGAAUUUUCCGAAAUUCCGAAUUGAAAUAGAUGGUCUCGAUAAAACGUUAAGGUAUUGUGAUGAAUUAAAACUCGAGAAUAGAGUAGAACUACAAAAUGUUGAAAACUUGCCCAAAUCCGGUAGAUGUACAGGAUAUCCAAUUCAAAUUACAUUGUCGAUUGAAAGUUUUCGAUAAUAAAGAUUCGGAAACCUUUUCCAUUCCCCACAGCUUGAUAUCAUGUGCUAGUCGGUUUGGUUUGUUAUUCAUUGGUUCAAAUUCACCAAGUUUGCAAGUUGUUCUACUGAAGAGUGUGGGAACAUAUUCUUUGAAAGAUAAAGAUAUUUCCAACUAUCCUAGAAGGACCAUUUCAUUACCAUCACCAGCCAAACAUGUCUGUGUAAAUUGUGAUAGCACCAUUUUAGCAGUUGUUGUGGAGACAGAUAAAUGUCCAACAGUCAUCUUUUAUGACUUACUUUCAUUUUACAAACAAAAUAUUGUUGUUAUCAAAGAGGUGCGUCUAUCAGCAACACCUGAAGUAACAGUAAGUGAAGUUGCCUGGAACCCAGCUUUGCCUCCAAUUUUCACUGCUUGUAAAAGUGAUGGAACCCUUGGAGUUUAUGAAAUCAAAGGCAGUUCAGUUGACAUCAAUGAGCUACCACCUGCAGCUCAGACCUCGAGUUUCUGUUGGAGCCCCAAAGGGAAGCAGAUUGCAGUGGGCUCGAAAAAUGGCAAAAUAACUCAGUAUAAACCUGAUUUGAAAGCAGUGAAAGUUAUCAAUGAACCACCUUUGCAGAAGCCACAUUCUCUGAUUUCUUUGCAGUGGGUUUCAAAUUACCAGUUUGUUGGAGUAUACCAGUCUGAGGGGGCAGGAGGGCAGGCUACAUUAAUUGUGGUUGAUGCACCAAAAACUGGAGAAACCAGUUACACAAAUUAUGAUGAUGUUUGUUAUAGUGGAUCAGGUCGCGUUCCACAAUUUUAUAUGUUGUUGCAACAACACUGGAACAUCCUCAUGGUAGCCUCAGCCAACAGCACCGAAGUGGGGGUGUUGGGCACCUCCACCCCAGAAACCUGGACCCAAUGGAUAAUCUCGGACUCCGCUCGCGCAGAGCUGCCUCUCAGCCCUGACAAGCAAGAAACAUUGCCUGUGGGCCUGGCACUCGAUAUCAGCCCCACAAAUCCUCUGCCCUGGGGCGAGGGAACCAUCCCACCUUGCCCCUAUCUUUUGAUACUCUCUCACCAAGGCGUCUUGUGUUUCUUUAACAUCGUCAAUUUGAAGCAGGGCGCUCCCAGUAUCUGCUGUCCCCCAGAUAAUGUUGCUGAUACUAGCGGGUUGGCACAAUUUGUUAAUGAAGCAGCAAAGGCCACACAGCCACCUUCAGCAUUCGCAUUAUCCCAACCUACAGUAGGUAAAGCUACACCACCACCGGUAUCUAAACCACCCACAACUAUCCUACCUCAACCCUUAGCCCAACCUCAAACGAUACCAAUAAGUGCCGGUAGCAAAUCCGGCGAAGCCCAACCUCUAUUCGGCGGUCAGGCGACACUGACACCUGUCAAACCCCAACAAUCUGUUCCACCUAAAUCUGCUGCUCCGCUGUUCGGAGGCCAGACCACUCUGACACCUGUCCAGCCCAAGCAAUCUCCCGCUGCUGCCACGACCAAUGAGAACAAGUACUCGUCAAUAUUCUCCGCCCUGGACACGCCCGCUGCGGUCCCGUCGGCCAAUCAGAGCAAGGCUGCCCCCGCUCCACAGGUGGGCGUGGACGCUAGGGCGGUGAUCGACGAGAAAGUGAAAGGGGAGACUGACGCUCUGCUGGCCAUGAUGGUGAGGGACGAGUGCGUGGCUCUGGAGUCCGAGGUGAAGGCUCUGCUGCAUCAAGGGAGGCGGGUGAAGAUCGAUGUAGGAAGCGACGAGGAGAAGGUGGGGAUGGUGAGGGAGCUGGAGGGGUUGCAAGAGUUUGUGAAGGAGAUCGUCGAUAUAAGUCUUGGAGAAAACGCCGAGGUACAUUCUCUCAAGCAAAAUCUGAUUCUUUCUUGGGCGUGGUAUGAAGAGGCCCAAUCGCGUUACAAUAUUUCCAAAGAUGGAACCAUGACGCUGCUAUUGAAAUUCCAGCCUCUGGAUUCUGCUACAGAAAAGAGGCAGUCAGAUAUUCAGAAACUGAUUUAUUAUUUGGAGUCGCAGCUGUCCCAGACCAACAACGCUCUGGAUGAACAAUGGGACAAAUUUCAGGAUUAUGCAAAGAAAACUUAUAAGGUGCAGAUGCCCACCAUGGAAGCUAUUUUCCAGUCAAUGGUCAAACAAAAUGCCGUCCUACAAAAACAGCGAUACAUAUUGAAAGAUAUAUCUAGACGCAUCAAACACAAAAAGACCAAUCCCAGUGGACCACCUCUCUUCCUGACCGUUGGCGAUGGGAGUAAGCUAGAAGACGACCUGAAACGCUUACAGUUAGAACCGGAAGAUCCUUACCGAACCAUCUAUGAAACGGCAUUGAACAAAACAAAAAAUCUCACCGCUACCAAACAAUCGAAGCUCAGAAAUUUACUUAAAUCGCGAGAGGUCGUACGCGUAGUCAAACCCCAAUUGAAUUCGUCGCUACUUCUUUCUCCAGCAACUCGUAGCAGGCAGACCUUUUCGAUAUUAGGAGCAAAGAUGUCGCCUGUGGAAAAGAAGGUAGCGAGGAACCUCGAUUUCGUUCAAUCUACCCCUAUCCGUGAAGUUAAGAUAGAUACAAAGCCGACUCUAGCGCCACCGAAUACUCCUGCUCAAACAGAAGCACCAAAAAUGUUUACAUUCAAGAACCUGGAACAUAACAUUUCCACGAGUAAUCCUAAUGUCAAUCCAGCAAACACUUUUAUAUUCGGUAAUACUCAGAGCACGAGUAAAACUUCUCUUUCAAGUGUUUCUUCUGCGUUUGUUCCUGCCGUUCCAGCCAGUAAAACCGUGAUUGUGCCGAAAACAUCGGACAUACCAGUAAACAGUAUUUUUUCUGCGCCUUCUAUCGCAUUUGGUGGCCAGAGUUCUAGCGUAACUCCAAAUAAAACUGCAGUUAGUACAUCAAAGUCACAGCCGGUCAUAUCGAUCAAAUCUAGUACUCCCCAAUUGAAUUUCGGUAGCGGUAUUACUGUAACACCAGUCAGUAGUAAGAAAUCAGAACCUGCUCUUGCAGUAACACCAACUGGUUCAGCAACCAGUACCAAGUCCCUAUUCUCUUUUGGUGGUACUUCGAAUGAAACUGUUGAAAGUACCCCAAGUAGCAGUUCAUUCUUUGGCAGUGCUUCACAGACGAGUGUGCCAUUAUUUGGAAGCUCUAGUGCCAUAUCUUUUGGAACUCCAUCUAAUAGCACGAUGGUCGCGGCUAGUACAACUGUUUCAGCUGCAGUUAUCACUACUAGUAGCACUACUAGUGCUUCUUCUGCUGCAUCUUUUGGUACUACAAAAACUACACCAAAUCUGGGCACUGGGGUUCCAACUACAGUUGCUACCAACAAAGCUUUACCUACAACAUUGUCGUUAACAAAAUCUUCAGUUACAACCAGUGCACAAGCAUCAGUAGCACCGUCUGUUAUUAGUAAACCCCUGGCAGCCAGUACUGCUGUUUCUACCACCAAACCAACUCAGUCUGCUACAAAAACUUCUAUGCCCAGUAGUACCGCCUUUACGUUCACUAGCACAUCAGUUCCAGGGUUAGAAACUCCUAGUACAAAUACGCCGACUGCUCUCUUUGGUUCUGCAGUUACGACUAGCGCUUCAAUUUUUGGCGCUACCCCAACAUUAUCUGCUAUUUUGGCGACCACAACUACUAAUGUUGCGAGUACUCCAACACCACCUGUUGCUGUAGACAGUACUACACCUACAUUCGGGUUUAAAACUACAGCGUCUGUGAGUCCAUCUAUAUUUUUAACGGUAACCUGUAGUGCUGGUGCUACUCCUGUAUCCGUAACUAGUACUGUAACGACUGGUAUUCCUUCGAUAUUUGGAUCGACCGUCGCAACAACUACUGCUACUACCAUCCCCUCGUUUGGUUCUAGUACGUUUGGAGCUUCUACUACUACAACUGCUAGUGGAUCUAUAUUCAGCUCUAAUACCCCUACCGCCAGUGUAAUAUCCUCAACGCCAUUUCUUGGUGUUAGCACUACUACCACUGCAUCAUCAUCCAUUUUUGGUAGUAGUACCACAACAUCUGCUUUUGGAGCAAUUACUCCUUCAACCACGCAAACUCCUGUUUUCGGUGGUACUCCUCAAGGUUCAAUUUUUGGGGCUUCAACUGCGACCACAGAAAAAUCGUCAGUGUUUGGUGGCACUGUCGCAACCACCAAUCAGACUUCCAUCUUUGGAGGCUCCAGUUCUGCGCCAGUGCAGAGUGGUUCGUUGUUCGGUGGUGUGGUUGCAACCACACAAGCACCAAUUUUCGGUGGUGCUAGUACCCAGUCAUCCGUUUUCGGUUCAGCAGCAGCCACAACUGAGCAGUCUUCGAUUUUCGGUUCUGCUGCCACCACAACCACACCCUCUGGUUUCGGUGCUCCUACGACAACUGCUGCUGUUGCUUUUGGUACUCCUGCUGUCACUUCAUCUUCUCCUUUCGGCACCACCUUCGGGCAGUCUGGCUCCUUAUUUGGCACUCCGACAACGACGGCGAGUACCUUCGGUGGUUUCGGAGGUACCAGCAGCGUUUUCGGUGCAGCACCAGCAACUACAGCUACUGGUUUCGGACAACCUACUUUCGGAGCUAGUGCUGCUCCGGCGUUUGGUGCUGCUACCACGUCUGCUAGUAUCUUUGGAGGAACUGGUGCCUCUACUUUCGGUACUGUCAGUUCUACGAGUAAUGUUUUUGGUGCUCCAGCGGUAUCGAGUCCUUCCGGUACUAUUUUCGGCACACCAGCUGUGUCGAGUUCUUCAUUUAGUUUCGCCACGGGGAAUACGGCGACAGGUACCACUUCGUUCGGUUUCGGUGGCUUGAACGUGGGUAGUACUGCUACCUCAACCACGGGCAGUAUUUUCGGGCAAUCUCCUAAUCCGUUCGCUGGUUCAGCCGAGCAGAAGCCUAGUUUCGGAGGUGGUGCUAGCAUCUUCGGUGCCCCAGCUGCCACUACGGCAUCGCCUUUUGGCGCUAGUACCGGCAGUACUUUCGGCAACACCGGUCAGAGCGCGUUCGGUACCACUACGUUCGGUACUGGUGGGGCGGCCUUCGGUGGCCAGGGGUCAAUUUUCGGACAGAGUACCUUCGGUGGUGGUGGUAGUACUUCCUCGUUCGGUAGUCCUCAGCCUGGUCCUUUCAGUGCUACUGGAGGUACGGCGGGCGUGGGGCAAAGCGGUUUCGGUUCGCCUUCUAGCUUCCAGAAGCCUUCGGGUUUCGGGGGGACUGCAGUUUUUGGGGGAUCUCCGCAGGCGGCAUUUGGGGCGAGUCCUAGUUUUGGAGGAGCGCCUGCUUUUGGAGCGGCGCCUGCUUUUGGGAGCCCGAAUAAGGUUUUCGGUUCUAGUACACCAACAGCCGCUUUUGGUUCUCCCACAGCUAGUAGUCCUGGUUUUGGAAAUUUAGCGAAUCAAAACACUGUUGGCUUUGGAAAUUUGGCACAACAGGCUAGCAAUGCCCCUACAUCCACUUCAUUUUCUGGGUAA